AGUAAAAAAUGCAGCCUGGGUAAUAUGGUGCUGUUUAUGUAAUGCAGAUUCUAGGCCAGCGAGGGAGUUCAUCCAUAGUUCAGUGGUGGCACAGCAGGAUAAAAUUCUGAUUACAUUGAGUCUAGUCUGCCAAUUACUUUCAGUGCUGAAGAACUUUUCAGCUUUCCUCAUAAACCUGGCCUUUGUCUCUAGGUAUGGCUGUAGUCAACAACAUUUGACUGCCGUUUAUUUUCCUACUGUGCGAACAGUCAUGUUCAGUAUACUGCAGGCUGCUGAGAGAGAAGUAAGGCUGAGAUGUUCAUUACUGUGAUUUUUGGUGAAGGAAGAGAGGAGAUAUUAAACCUAAAUUGCAAGAUUAUAAACUUCAUUCACUGUAUAAAGAAAAAAUGCAAUCUGGAUCCUCAAGACACUGUGGAGUUGAUGGACAGGAUGGGGGAGCUGGUGAAUUUGGCAGAGCGAGCUAAGAGCACUGACCUGGUCAGCAGUUUGCUGAAGGAGAGAGAGAGUUACGUUCCAUUGCGCGUCUCACGAGGUGAAGGUUGUGAAGCUCCAAAAUAUUCUGCAGUGUUUGACUUUGGGACAAGUUAUCCUGAACUAGCAGAGAUUCUGAGAAAACUGUCAAAUCCUUCAAAGGAAAGGGACAAAAGGGGUGGAGCAUCUAAAAGAGGCGGAGCCAAUCUAAACCGUAUGAAGGCUGCAAUCAACCUCAAGAAAUCCAGCACGACACCUCGAAGCUGAACCUUGGUCAUUAUCAAUGCUGUAAAUAAUUUAUUUACAGAAUUUAUAGCACAACACAAUAUGUGUAAUACAUUUUGUUGUCUUUUUUGUAUAGGCUAUAUUAAGAUGUGUCUGACUAACUUUUCUUUUUUUUCUGAGCA